CAAGGCAAAUACUUACAGUCGAUACUUGACCGAGCUUGUCAAGCAUUAAGCGAUCAGACUGCAGCCUCUGCAGGACUCGAAGCUGCCAGAGAAGAGCUCUCCGAACUUGCAAUCAAAGUCUCGAAUGACUCGAAAGAGAUGGCACCAUUGGAGUCACAAAAAGUGCUUCCCUUCUCAGAACUCGCUGCUGCUCUAGAAAACCGAAAAGCUCCUACCGUUAUGGCUCGAAUAGGCGAUUGCUCGAUGGAUAGCUGCCUGACAUCAGCUGGAAGCCCGGUUUCCCCUAUCGGAGUAGGAUCAACUGUCACCGCAAUGAAGAGACCGAGACCAGCUUUCAGUCAUGGAGAUUCGAUGGUGCUCGAGGGCAAUGCUCGGCACGAGGUCGAAUGGAUGAUGAGUAAUAUUGGAUGAAAUGUCCAGUCUUUUUCUUCUUCUAAUCUACAUUUUUUCUUUUAACUGUUUAGUUCAUCCAAAUGUGUUGAAAUCUUUAACGAAGUAUCGUACAAUAUGUU